CAGAGGACGAUGAUGCGCGCGCGACACCAUUCCUUGUGCAUCAUGAUGCCAAACAGCGCCGUUGGGAUACGACAUCGAGACGUAUGAUAGGCAGGUAGGUGAGUAAAUAGGUAAAUAGGUAGUCGUAUCUCAUAACACAUUCCACUUGCUCCAACCUUACAUUCACUCUCUCCCUCUCAAUCACCAGAUUCAUCGAGACAAGAAAAUCAAUCUCAACUCCCAACAUGGCACUCUCCCAAGUCGCCGCGAAAGUCGAGCAAUUCCUCGGACACAACGACAACGCCACCACGGCACAAGACAUCACUAAUCCAGCUCGCGAUCGCAGCAAAUAUGGCCACCCGACAGAAACGAUGAAAGCACUCGCCUGGAUGGGCAAGAACAAAGUCGAAGUCAUCGAAGUACCCAAACCCAUCAUCGUCGAAGACGACGACGUGAUUCUCAAAAUCACCGGCAGCACCGUAUGCGGGAGCGAUCUACACCUGCUCCACGGCACCAUCGUCGAGCUCGAGAAGGGUGAUAUCCUCGGCCACGAGUUCUGCGGCAUCGUCGAUGACAUGGGUCCCGGGGUCAAGGGUCUUUCCAAGGGCCAACGCGUCGUCGCCAGCUUCCAAAUCGCGUGUGGGGCAUGCCGGUACUGCGACAAGAAGCUCUCCUCACAAUGCGAGCGGACCAACUCGAACAAAAUCGAAAAGGGCAUGUACGGUGGCAACACGGCGGGAAUGUUCGGAUACUCUCACUUCACGGGUGGAUUCGCAGGUGGUCAGAGCGAGUACACGCGUGUCCCGUACGGCUCCGUCAACCUCCUGCCCAUCCCAGAUGACGUUCCGGAUGAGAAGGCCCUGUACCUCUCGGACGUUAUCGCCACCAGCUGGAACUGUGUUGUUGAUACGGGUUGCAAAGAAGGCGAUGUCGUCGCUGUGUGGGGAGCGGGCCCGAUCGGACAAAUGGCGGCGGAAUUCGCGUUCCUCAACGGUGCCAGCCGAGUCAUUGUAAUCGAUUCGAACUGGCGCCUGGACUAUGUGAAGAGCAAAAUCCCCAAAGUCGAGACGCUCGACUUCUCGCAGCUCAAGGGCACCAAGGCCGUAGUUUGGAAGCUCAAGGAGAUGACUGAUGGGAUGGGCCCAGAUGUUGCGUUGGAGUGCGUUGCAGGUGAAUAUCCCAAAGGCUGGGCCCACACCAUCGAAAUGGCUACCGGCCUCGAAACCGACACGAGCGAGAUCCUCAACGAAAUGAUCGAAAGCGUCAAGAACUUCGGCCGCGUGGGCAUCACCGGCGUCUACGUCGGCUACACGAACCACUUCAACAUCGGCUCCCUCAUGGAACGCGGCAUCCGCUUCAUCGGCAACGGCCAAGCCCCCGUCCACUACUACUGGGAAGACCUUCUCCAGAAGAUUCAAGAGGGCGGAAUCGACCCGUUGAAAAUGGUCACUCAUCGGGUCCGCGUGGAGGAUCUCGCCAAGGUGUAUGAGCAAUUCGAGAGGAAGGCCGACGGUAUGCAGAAGGUCUAUGUCGAGACGAGGUUCUCGGCGCCGAGGUGUGAGGGGUGUCCCGAGUUGACGGUCUAUUGAUGAUGAGAGAAGCUUCUUUAGUAAAAAAAACACCGGAAAAUCGACCGAUGAACAUGAAUCGAUGAUAAUUUAACCUUUCC